AUUAGUUCAGUUUAUUUAGUUCAAGAAGAAGAAAAAAAAAGAAGCAACUUUCAAGGUUAUUUCUUUGGUUCUUUCACGGUCCGUUUAAGGCAGGAAAACAUUAAAAAGACAAACAAAGGCAGGCACUUUCGAAUUACUAGGAAAAAUUACACGAAGAAAACGGAAUCAGAAUUUAGCUACACUACAUAUAACCCCGUAAAGACGGACCUAAUUAGAAUCUAGUCACAUUCGUACGCUCUGUCAUUGAGGGUUCUCUCUCUACCAAAAGAAAAAAAAAGUCUUUUUUUUCUUUUUGGGUAAGGAAUAGUGUUUUUGUUUCUUUUAUUAGGGUUUUUUUCCCGAUUCAUACCCGUUUGGAGAUUUCUGAAGAUUUGCGGUAAAGAUGGAUUACAAGCAGCAAGUUGGAGUUCAAUCCCAUGUUGAACAGAUGGGAUCAGUAGAAGAUAGGUCAAUGGAUGAUCUCGAUGAUGAGUGCCUCCACUCCCCUGGAACAGAUGCUCGAAAAACACAAGCUUCUGAUUCUAAUCGACAAAUACCAUUUUCAGAUCAACAAUUACCACUUUCUGAUGGUUUUCCUAUUGUUGGUAAUAAAAUGGUGAGAAACAGAAUCUAUCAGAGCAUAAAGACCGUAGUUUUCUCUAAUAAACUCAACCUGCUCAUGCCUUUUGGGCCUCUAGCAAUCCUGGUUCACAAGCUGACUGCCAGUAAUGGCUGGGUCUUCUUUCUUAGCUUACUGGGUAUAACACCUUUGGCAGAGCGUUUGGGUUAUGCGACUGAGCAGUUGGCUUUUUUCACUGGACCUACAGUUGGUGGUCUUCUAAACGCUACGUUUGGAAAUGCAACAGAACUGAUUAUUUCGAUAUAUGCUCUGAAAAGUGGAAUGAUACGUGUUGUUCAGCUGUCAUUGUUGGGUUCAAUUUUGUCAAACAUGCUUCUUGUACUUGGGUGUGCGUUCUUCUGCGGUGGGCUUGUAUAUCACAGAAAGGAACAAGUUUUUAACAAGGCUACAGCUGUUGUCAAUUCGGGUCUGCUGCUGAUGGCAGUCAUGGGUUUACUAUUCCCAGCUGUCCUCCACUACACACACACUGAACGGCGAGUUGGGAAGUCAGAGUUGUCUCUUUCAAGAUUUAGCAGUUGUAUAAUGCUUGUAGCCUAUGCUGCCUAUCUUUUUUUCCAGUUAAGAAGUCAAAAUGAUCACUAUUCCCCUAUUAAUGAGGAAGGAAGUACCCAUGGGGAUAACUCAGAUAAUGACGAGGAUGAAGCUCCGGAGAUCUCCAAAUGGGAAUCGAUGAUUUGGCUUACAAUCUUGACUGCUUGGAUCUCUAUCCUAUCAGACUAUUUGGUGGAUACAAUACAGGGGGCAUCUGAAGCAUGGGAUUUAUCGAUUGCAUUUAUCAGUGUUAUCUUGCUCCCCAUUAUUGGGAAUGCUGCAGAGCACGCAAGUGCUAUCAUGUUUGCCAUGAAAGACAAGCUUGAUAUAUCGUUGGGAGUGGCAAUAGGGUCAUCGACUCAAAUUUCUAUGUUUGGGAUUCCUUUUUGUGUGGUUAUCGGGUGGAUGAUGGGACGGGAAAUGGAUUUAAACUUCCAGCUUUUCGAGACAGCAACUCUGUUCAUAACUGUUAUCGUUGUAGCCUUCUUUCUUCAGGAGGGAACGUCAAACUACUUCAAAGGGUUAAUGCUCAUUCUUUGCUAUCUGAUAGUAGCUGCUAGUUUCUUCGCCCACGAAGACCCUACUUCGACUGAUCAAAAGAAGCAACCGUAAACGUGAACGAGGUGGUCGAAUUAAGGGAUGAUUUCCGGAAGAAGUUUAGUCCCACGUCGGUGCUGUAAAUAUUUUCAAUCGCAGAUACUCCGUUCCCCCCAGCUGCUUAUGCAUGUGCAGUUAAUAUUAUUGAAAAACACAGGAGGUGCUUGCUCAUUAUGUUGUUUUAUACUUGUGAUGCCAAAACAUCUGCCAAGAUCGGAAGAGACUUGUGUAUAAUGUAGAAAACAAAUGGAUUCUCUAAAUUUUGGUAGUCCAUGUAGCACACUGA